AUGAUGCCAGGAUCGUCUACAGGUAGGAAGCGCACUGCUGGCAAGGUUGGAAGGAAGAAGAAGGCUGAUAUUAGUUGCAUACAAAAUGCCACAACCCAAAAGAUUGCUUCAAAAGUUGUCACUCGUUCUGUUGCUGCAACAUCUACUGCUAAGUCCGCAAUCACUCAAUUGAACAGUCCUUCCAGCAAACAGAAGCCUGCUCCAUCCAUGACCCGCGUUGAAGAAAAAACGUCAACUGCCCCAUCUAAUUCAGAAGCUCCAGCCUCGAGCACCAGGGCUGAACAGAAACGGAAUUCUGCUCCAUCCAGGAAAAACGUUGAAGAAGCAAUGGUGUCUGGCCCAUCCAAUUCUGAAGCUCCCUUGGCAUCAGAAGAUCAUGUUCAUGAUGAACAAAAGGUGAUUGCAUCCCUUCCAACAGAAAAAAGCAUUCCACCACCACUCAAAGACAAUGAUCAAGUUGUACCACAACAAGAAGAUAAUGGUGAUGACGGAGAAGAUAUCAGGCAAUCAUCACCAGAGGACAACGGCCCGCCUGCACCGCAAUUAGAACAUUAUGACAACGAAGAAAAGGUGACCACCCCACCAGAAGCGACUACCUCCCAACCAUCAGAGAAUUGGAGCCUGUCAUUAUCUGAUGAUAGUCUGGAAGAAUUCUCUGACGAGAUUUCCGAGUGGUCUUUUGCGUCGUCUCACAGGACCGCCAUUCCUGGUGACAAAGACUAUGAAAGCAACAACGAGGAAGCUGCUCUCAACAUUACUGAAGCUAGAGACUGCCACACUACUUUCAAACACGGACCCAACAUCUCCUUUACCAUUCUUGACUUACCAGUUGAAAUGGCUCAAGGUGACAAAAUCUAUACCAAAAAAAUUGGAGUGUAG